UUCCGAUUUCCGUUUUGUCAUAUCAUUCACGCGGUGUCGGUCGCCGCGAGCGGUCGCGUGUGAAGUGGCUUGUCGCCAAUUUUUGUGUAUUUUCGGAUCGUGUUGUAUUAACCAUGAACUCGGGGUGGUUAGCUUGGGAGUGUAUAGUCUUCGGACUCUUUGUGUGUGCGUCGUCGUGCGCGCCGCUAUGGAGACGCCGGAGAGACGCGAGCGCAGGCGGGAGUGCUAAGCAAGCGUACAUCUUCGCCGGUGGCGGCGUAUCUACUCUCGCUAUGAUUCUGUCUGUAGCUAGAGGCACGCUUGGAGUUCGAUCGUUUUUGGGAUUCCCAUCUGAGCUGGUAUACUACGGGUCGGCGAUGUGGGAGACAUUGUACGGCAUCAUCCUAGCCUUCCCAUUAGUCUGCUGGAUCUUCGUGCCGGUGUAUUACAGACUUCAUACUAACUCUGUCUAUGAGUAUCUACAGAUGCGAUUCGGUUCCCGAUGGGUUCGUCGCAUGGCAGCCGCGACAUUCCUUCUGCGGCAGGUCCUGAACCUGUCAGUGACCGUGUACACGCCUACAGUGGCCCUGCAUGCUGUACUGGCUUUGCCCCACUGGGCGUCGGCUGCAGCGCUGACAAUUGUUGGAAUCGUCUUCAAUUUGCUUGGAGGAUUAGCUGCGGCGAUUAGAGCUGAUGUGAUCCAGACACUGACCAUGAUAAUGGUGAGCGGAGCAUUCAUAAUCCAAGCGACACUUAAAGCUGGUGGACCAGUCAACGUGAUCAAUGAAAAUAUAGAUGGAGGAAGAAUGAAGUUCUUGCAAUUCACCGGUGAUCCAACAGUUCGCGUCGAUACUCUCUCAGCUAUCGUUGGCCAGCUCUUCAUGUCAGUCUCCAUCUACGGCUGUCAGCAGACCUUCGUCCAGCGCUACUGUUCCAUGUCCAGCGAAGCUCGAGUCAGGAGGACAUUACUAGCCAACGUUCCUGCAGUAGCUGUACUGUUCAGUUUAUCCUGGGUUGUCGGCAUGGCGUUAUAUGCGGUAUAUAAAUACUGUGAUCCAUUGUCGUCGGCUCAAAUAGCUGCACCUGAUGAGGUUCUGCCGUUCUAUGUUCAAGAUCAGUUUGGAUUCUUACCUGGGAUGCUUGGAUUGUUUUUGGGAAGUCUUUUUAAUGGCGCUUUAAGUUUCCUUGUAUCAAACGUGAACUCUCUCUCUACCGUGACUUGGGAAGACUUUAUCUCCUUCGCUCCGGCCUUCAAGGGCAUCAGUGAUAAGGAGCAGCUGACUGUUAUCAAGAUAAUUGGAGUUGUAUACGCAAUCGUUAUAAUGUGUCUAUCUCUCUGCGUUGGACUCGUCGGCGGAGUUGUUGAGGGAUCACUUUUAGUCACCUCAGCUACCUCUGGUGCUUUACUAGGAGUCUUCAUACUAGCAGCAUUAUGUCCUUUCGCGAAUGGCACUGGAGCCCUGUGGGGCAUGAUAGCGUCACAUAUCAUUACCGCGUGGAUGGCGGUUGGAAGGCUGUUGUAUGUGGAUAAGCAAAAAGCAAUGUUGCCUUUAUCUGUUGAGCAAUGUUCGAAUGCAACCCUCACGACGGUAUAUCAUCCGUUAAGACCAGUGGAGGUGAACCAAACGCUGAUGAAGCUGGCGCCGAUAUUUCAAUCCAUCAACAACACACACCAUAUUCCCGUUGAAUCUGCAGCGGUCAUCGGUCUCCAAAAGUUCUACUCCGUAUCCUACAUGUGGUACGCAGUCAUCGGGACCUUAGUCUGCGUUACCCUUGGCAACAUCAUCGGCCUCAUAACGGGAAGCGAGAAAGAUGCCUUCGACGAACGCCUACUCCACCCACUAAUCCCUAGAAUCGCCAGAAAGUUACCGGGACCAAAGAGGUUUUACAGCACCGAGAAACCCCCAGUUCCUGAGAGCAAGGAGGUGGAAAAAGAUUCUUCAGAGAAAACUGAUGAAACGAAUACUGAACCAAAUGAAACUGUGGAGACGAAAGAUGUAAUUUUCGCGACGACAGGCAGUCGGUUAUUUGACGUAUAUGACGUUAGGAGGUCGCCGACGCCUUCAUUAGCGAGAUCACGAUUGUGAUUGAUAUUAUUUUAUUCAAAGGGUUUUAGUAUUAAAAGCACUUUGUGCCAUUGAUGACGUAACUGCUGAAGCAGUUGCUUAAUAGUCAAUUAUCUAAGAUAUGACUAUGAUACUGAUUAUUUAUCGAUAAUAGAUUUUAGGCAUUCGUUGAUAAUGUUGAAGGUUGUAUGACAUGGGAUGCGUUUGACUGUACCGAUAUGUUGACAGGUCGCAUUAGAAUAGAAAACAAGUAGAGAACUUAUCAUGUAUGGGAAUGACAUUAUUUUUUGACGGCUGAUGUAAGUUUGACUUGUCAAGUCAAUACCUUUGUGUAAUGUUACUUGUCCUUAGGUGCUUUAUAUGUCAAUUUACAUCAAAAUGUAAAUUAAUAGUUGUACAUGAAGUGAGUUUGGUGUUAUAGAAGGAUUGGUUGGAUUCUUAAAAAUAUUAUUUUUGGUAGCACUGUAUAGUUUGUCAAAAAUACGAUGUUUGUAAGAGAACUUGAAUAUUGAUAAGAAUAUGAAAUUCAGAGUGGUUCAUGAAAUAAUAAAGAAAAAUGUGCUGAAAGUUGUCUAUUGAUGAAAGAAAACUAGAUGGACCUAAAUAGCUUUAUAUAUAAUGUAAAAUAUAAUAUAUGUGUGUAACAAAA